AUGACUGAUGCAAAUAAUCAGAUUGAUGAUCUCUUACAAGCUCUUCUAUCAUUAGAUACCCAAAAGUUCAGACAAAUUCUCCAAAGCCAACUCUUCGAAAUUUGAGAUCUAAAAACCUACAAUGGAAACAACAGUGAUCUAUAUUUAGUUUUUCAUGAAAUUGCGAUUUCUCUAGUAAGAGAACCAGUUGCAAUAGACUAUUUUCAGCAAGCUGUUAUAGAAGUAUUAUAAAUUUAGAUAAAUACUCGCUAUCCUGACCAAAAUAUCGUCAAAAAAAUGCUUGAUCACCCUAAUCAUGAUGAUGGGAAAACUCCUUUGCAUGUAGCAAUUUUAACUGGCCGAAAAGUAAUUUCCAACUAGAAAUUAGCCAGAAUUUAUAUUGAUAAUGGAGCUGAUUUUUCUUUAAAAGACAAUCAAGGCCAAAGCGCCACACAUAUUGCAGCUUCAAAUGGCCAGCUAGCACUUUUGGCUUAUUUUUUUAAAGAAUUGCAUAUUCCUAUAGAUUUAAGGGACAAUACAGGAAAAACACCUUUACACAUUGCAGCUUUAGAAGGCCAAGAACAAAGCGCAGGACUUUUAAUAGCAGUUACAACUGAUAUGAAUUUAAAAGAUGAUGAAGGUCACACACCCCUUCAUUUAGCAGCCAUUUCAAAAUCAUACAGAAUUGUUAGACACUUAUUAAUGAGAGGAGCUUCCAAAGAUAUAGUAAAUAACGCAGGCUCUACUCCUCUCAAAAUCGCUGAACAAAUAGGCUCACCUACACAAAUCCAAGAAGUCUUAGAAAAACCUUGCAUUUUAGCUCAUAUAAAUCCUAUUCGGCCACCGAUACAGCCUAUAAAAAACUCUCGAAAAACCUUUAUCUUUUAUAUAGCUGUUUUUAUUAUCCGAUAUUUUUUGAUUUUUAUGUGUAUAGUUCCAUUUGUUCACAUUCCAGUUGCUGCAUCAUCUUUUUUGAUUUUUAUGUUAACUUUAAUUACUUUCGCAGCGUCCUCUGGUAUUGAUCCUGGAUAUGUAAAAAAGGACUCUGAGAUGAGUUUGGUGGAUUUAUAUGAAAAGUAUAAUGGAGAUUUUGUGUGCCCUUAUUGCGAAGUAAAGAGACCAAAAUCUAAUAAGCAUUGCCAGCACUGCAAUCGUUGCGUCCAAAAAUUUGAUCAUCAUUGCCCAUGGAUAAAUAAUUGUGUAGGAGCUAGAAACCAUAAAUGGUUUUUUUCGUUUUUGUUUUUUAUUGAAAUUGAUUUUUUAUUUCAUAUGGCGAUAAGCCUCAUGCUGCUUUUAGAUGCGUAUGGAGAUGUGAGCGAUGAUCCUUUGUAUGAUAAUCUCAAUGAAAUCAAUCAAUUCUGAGAAAUUUCUCUAAUUAUUAUUUUUUCUGUAUGUGGAAUAGCAUUUCUAUUAGUUUUACCGUUAUUUUAUGUACAAGUUGUCAAUCUAUUAAGCAAUACAACAACACAUGAAAGGUUUGCCUUUAAGAAGUCAGCAAGAAAAUCAGGAAAAAAUCUAGAUUCAGAUACAAGCUCGAUGCUGCUACCAUCUGAAGAAAAUGAUCUGACAACAAUGAGUGGAAUUUCAGCCUAUGGUGUAAGUGAAGUCACAAUUAAGCACACUACAAGCUGUUGUUUUUGUUUGAAGAGAGAAAAAACCUUGACGUGGAGUGAAAUGAAUGAGUUUGAAGAGCAAGAAAAAGUGUAA